AUGGAAGGAAAUCCACCAGUGAUACCAACAGACUUUCUUCAAGACCUCGAUUUGUGGCUCACACAGACCAGUGCAGCGCCUCCCACUGCAAGCAGGUAUAGCUUAGAAGCAAGCGCAGCGAAUGCCGCGAUCUCGAGUCUUGAGGCUACAGUAUUGGCGCCUCUAGCCCCAGUCACAGACACCAACAAGUUUGCCAGUUUUGUAGCAUCCUUAACCGACGACACGUUGCCCUGGGCAGCGCUAGCAGCAAAAGGCAGGCCUCCUGCUGUCUCUAAAGUGACGGGGGCAUCAGCUCUGGAGCCCUCAAACAAGAAGGGAAACCCCAAUAAAAGCACGAGCCAGAGACAGAAGGAGGAGCUCGCGUACUUACGCGAGAAGACCGAGCAACUGGAGGUCGAACUGGAGACGUUGAAGCAACAUAAUCGAGAGGAAGUGGAGCGACAACAAAGAGAGGAGGAACACAAGCAAGGACAGGAGAGCGUAGUCUCUCUAUGGGAACGGAUAGCUAAGCGACAGCGAGAAGAGAAGGCGAAGGCCGAAGUGGAGAACGUCAAGCUCCGAGAAAUGGUGCAGAGUCAGAUGCGUCUUGUCAAGAGCUUCGAGCGUUUAUUACGGAAGCGACGAAUCUGGGAGCAGCUGCAAGAAAGCAGCAACCAAAGCGGCUCACAAGACCAGAACGAAGAAGAAAUGCUCGCGUCGAUGCUUCGUGACGUGGACGCGAGAUAUCCCCGAGCAGAUUCGGUAUUAAACGAGCACGGUUUAGGCGAAUCAGACCCCGCCGUGGACGUGACGGAAGACGCCAACAUGAAAUACUCACCCGAAGACGGUAUGUAUUUCGAGUAUAAGGAGAAAAAGUACAUGCCGUUCGAGUAUAAAGUCCUCGAUGACGUCGUGUGGCGGUCGUACGGAGAGGGAAAACUCAAGCUGGAAGACAGCCAAGUGACGAUCCUUAGGAGCACGGAGAACGUCUUUUACUCGAGAACUCUCACGCCGUUAACUCGCAAAAGCGCCACCUCAAACGAUAAGCCACCAGGACACUCGCACUCCUUCUCAGUCGUGAAAAGAUUUCGAGAAGAGAGUCGCGUGGUGUAUGUUUGGAACGCGAACACCAGUGUGAUGCGUCCGGGAGAUGAGGGAUGCUCGCCUGUGCUUUUAGUGCAGAAAGGGUACGCGGUUAUGGCGUCUGCUACACUUCCGGAUGGUUCUUCGGGCUGCGCUGUGCGUAGUUAUACGAGUUCCGUACCCACGUUCCCAAGUAAACGUCCGGAAAGCGAUUCGGAACAACAACAAGAACAACAUCGGGAAGUAGGGCUCCUUACUGAAAUGGUGUUUGCAGCCUAUCAGCAGAGUCGCCAAAGUAUUAACCAGACUCUGGAGAACCUCGUGCUGGACGAAAUGAUGGCGAAAGAUGCAGCAUCGACCUCUGCACCGACAAUACCAGACACUAAUGUCAGCGUGUAAAUGAUUGUUGUGGAUGACGUCGUAGCGAGGUACACGUAUGCGUACCGGUAGUAAAUAUUUGCCUUUAUCGAAGGAGACGGGGAUAUCGUGGAUAGUACCAAUCGUGGCUUAAAAUUAAAAAAAAAUAUUUAGAAAAGCC